GGGCCGGCGGCCGACUGCGCGGCACGCGGGCGCCAUGCAGCUGCCGCACGCCGGCAUCUCGGCCGCCGCCAUGCAGGCGCUGGCCAGCGGCUGGAACCCCAGCGCGCUGUCGCAGACGCAGACGCAGCAGGUGCUGCGGCUGGCCCAGAGUUCCCACCGACAGGCUCAAGUGGUGGCGCAGGCGCAGGCGGCGGCGCGGUACAAUAACGCCGCAGCCAUCGCCGCGGCCGCCGCAGCCAUGCCGCAACAUCGCUCGCACAACCAGCGGAACGUGCAGUUUCCGAACAGUGCCCUUACAAUGGCGAUGACGCAACAACAGCCGCCCCCGCUCGUUGUCAGGAGUACUGCCAACAGCGGCACCAUGAAUGUUCUGCCGCAAGUCAGUGGAACCAUGAAUGGCCACUCAACCUCUCACUCAACGGACGGUCGCAAAAGGCUUACGCCAAUACCAGACAUCAAUAUCAGUGGCAACCAUACGCCGUAUAAGGUGCAAAAAGCAUUAGUGGAGAAUACAAUGGUGCCGUGCAUCAAUGCGAAGCCAUACCAGUACAUGGAGCUGCUCAUGACGCUGCCAGACCUCGCCAGCCACUUCUUCCCGCGCGUGUCGCUCACCACCUGCCGAGCCAUGCUGGACGCGCUCGACCUCACGCUGUUCAGACCCAACUCAACUCAGCUGCAAGUGCUGCGCAACUCGGGCAAGUGCAAGUCGGCGGCGGCGGGUGAGAACGGGCUCGCGCUGGUCCAGAUCCGCGACGUGAUGCAGCACAUGCCGCAGUUCAAGUACAUGCUGCGCUCGGGGCUGGCCGACGAGCACGCCGCCCCGCGACCGGCGCACGCGCAGCCGCACGCCAAGCGGGCGCGGGCCAACUAGUGACGCAAUACUCAUUACAAUAUGGCGACCAACUAUUAUCCGGCUUAGUUUGAAACCGAAUAGUUGCUUAACCUUAAACGCAUUAGAUUUCGGCUAUCUCUGUUUUUGACAAGCUUACAUCCGUCAUCAAG